AUGGGACGACAACCUUGUUGUGAGAAGGUCGGAUUAAAACGCGGUCCUUGGACUUUGGAAGAAGAUUCUAAGCUCAUGAACUUCAUCCUCAACAAUGGGAUUCAGUGUUGGCGGCUUGUCCCGAAACUUGCAGGUUUGAUGAGAUGUGGAAAGAGUUGUAGAUUGAGGUGGAUCAAUUACCUAAGGCCAGACCUCAAACGAGGAGCAUUUACGGAGGAAGAAGAAGACAUGAUAAUCGAACUUCAUUCUCGACUAGGUAACAGGUGGUCUAAAAUAGCUGCACAUUUACCAGGAAGGACAGACAAUGAGAUAAAAAACCAUUGGAACACAAGGAUCAAGAAGAAAAUGAAGCUCUUGGGGUUAGAUCCAUUGACCCACAAGCCAAUAAUAUUAACUCAUGAUCAGCAACAAAAUCAUCAAAAAUCUUGCACAGAGAUCAGUGAAGAGAUUAUUAUUCAUCAUGAAAAAUUUGAAAUUUUUGAAAAUGUCUCAAAUAUCCCACCCUCAAAUCAUCAAGAUAAUAAUGAUUAUAAAAAUCACACCUUUUUCAAGAGCAAUUCAGAUGUGGGGCCCUCAGUUGUGUUUCAUAUGAAAGAGGGUAGUCUUGGGGAUUUUUUCAUGGAUCCUUUUCAGAGUUGGGUCAUGGAUAAUCCUUUUCUUUGGGAUGGUUUUGGCAAUUUGGAAGAUAAUUUCCCAUAA